UGUUACUUCCUGUCUGGGACGAACGCAGGAGAAAAAGCAAAUAUAGUAACGGCCAUUUUUUUUGCGAGGUUAAACGGAAUAUUCUACACUUUAAGCUAGUCUUUGUUAAUAAUUGUUAUACGGAGGGGUGUAUUCUUAAUUCACAGGUUGUUGUAUCGCUAGUUUUGUGUCUUUAUCCACGCUUUAGACAGCUUUAGCCGCGAUAGUUCGUCGUGUUCGAAAGGUUAACAGAAUGUCCAGACUGAGGUCGAGGUCACCAAAUUACAGGGGAUUUCCAUGGGGGGAACCUGACUUUGACCCUCGUAAAGUUGUUAAAGAACUGGAUGAACUUCCACGGGACCACCGCUUCGGAAGAGGUUCUGAAGAACGCCGGGACACCUUCAGGGAUGGCAUGUACCCAGGAGGCCAUAAAAUCCCCCCACUUUUUCCAGAUGAUCCUCACUUUGGACGACCGCGACUUCCAGACCCAUCUUUUUUCCGCCAGAGUGCGUCACCACACAGGGGUGAAAUGCCGUAUCCCCCGCUGGAUGAUAGAGGGUUUGACGACAGGCGCAGAAGAGGGUUUCGUGAAGAUGUUCAGACCUUUGAAAACAGGGAGGCGUUUCCUCAGGGAGAGCAGUUGUCGUCCAUUCCAAGAGAAGCAGGGAUGAGCUUGAGGAGGCAGGAGCGGGGCAGGGGUCGGGGUAGGGGUCAAGGAAGGUUUGAAGACUUCAACCCCAUCGAGAGAUCAGGUGACCAAAGAGUUGGAGACGUGGAAAGAGGAAGGAGGAGCUCACAGGUUCCGUUUAAAGGUAGACAAAGGGAGAAUCCACAUCAUGAGAGAGGACCUGCUUUUAAAAGACCAAGAGGGGAAGUGGAUGACGUUGAUCGUUCGGGGUGCGGGGGUGAGGAGGAUUUUAUGGAUCGGGGUUACUCAGCGGACAGACCCAGAGGUGGGUUUAGAGGACAUGCUCGGGGAAACCUUGCCAAAAGAGACUUGCUAAUUUUCGAACAUGAGCACGGCAUCAUUGAUGACAGGAAUGCACCGCAGUUUGAUGAGUUUGAGGAUCGCAAACGUUAUGAGCCUGACUUUGAGCGACAGAAAAGUCCCCGUUCGAUGGCUUCUUCUCAGGAACGUUUCAGGACCCCAGACGGCAGGCCAGACAACCGUUUAGAACGCCAGUUUCAAGACAAUUUGAGGGAUCCGAACUAUCGUGAAAUGAGGAGGAGCCCAAACAUAAUGAGAUACGAUAAUCAGGAUGGUCCUGUGAGCAACAGGGGGAAGUGGAGGGACAACCAAGGACCAGGGGAAAAUUUUGAGCCUCCCAGGAAUCGAUCGAGAUCCCAACAUCUUCCUCACGAUGAGCAGAGAAUUGGCUACCAACGUUCCAGUCAAGAUCUCUUUGAUAAGGAGCCUAACUGGACAACUGAAGACAGACGCUCACAGUGGGAAGAUGGCAGGUCCAAAAGUUUGGAACGAAACCUACGAAGGAAUGAAUUGGACCCUAAUAUGUCCGGUCAGAGUGGAUGGAAAGAUCAGAAAAACAAAAACAUGACAAUUAUAUCGGAAGAAACACUCACCAUCAAAGUGGACAUGAGUCGACCAGCAAACCCACCAAGCUCGCUCUGCUACUCUUCAGACCGGCAGCUGUCCUUCGACCUGGUCAAUGUUGGUCGCAAGCGUCUGGACUUCCUGCCCAUGCUGGAGCACUCUGGGACAUACCGGGAGACCGAAAUGCACACCGGGGCCUUCGCCCAGGAGAUCAUCGCCCUGGUGCACUACGUCAAAGAUCAGUACUUCAGAGGAAACGGGCUCACUCUGAACCAGCGCUUCUCGGCUCCACAGAAAGGGUUCUCUGAAGAGGAGCUGACCCUGAACCAGAGGUUCAGUUCCAGCAGAGGCUUCAGUUUAAACUCCGACUCUCUUCUGGACGACGACGAGGAGUCGCUCUUCUUCAGGCUGGAGUCCAUGCAGCCGUCCCGAGGCCCAGGAGACCUGAGGCACGACUUGGAGAGGCGGCGCCAGGAGAAGCUGGAGGCAGUCAAAGUUACGAUUUCAGGGAGUGGCAUGCCGCAGCGCCCCCGCAGCGAGCCCGACUUGAUGCCUCCAGCAGAACCUGAAAGAUUUUGGACCGGAGAGCAGAACCGGAGACGAGAAGGAAACCGACCAAGAGGAGCUCCACACCGACCCAACACAGGCCCGGCCUGGUGGAACCGGUACGGAAACCAGAGACCGAACCCUGCAGGUCCAAACUGGUGACGGAACCGUCCGCUAACAGGAAGUAGUUUGAUCUGCGUUCAGACCGGAACACAGAAAUAAAUUCACGUCCUUCGUUCUUUUAGUUUCUGUUCUUUUAGAUAAAUGUGAAUUUUCCCUGUAGUGAAAACGAUCAUUAACCCUUUGAUUAAAAGUAGAUGAAGAACUUGGAGUUCUGGUUUUCUUUCCUGCUGAACCGGUCCCAAGGUCCAGUUCAUUUAUCUUAUGCACUAAUCACAUUUGGAAAUUUUUUCAUUUUUUUUUUUUUUUUUCAUUUAGCCUUUAUUUAUCCAGGUUAGUCUCAUUGAGCCACGAGAACUCAUUUUCAUAUCCCACAACUUAAUCUAGAAGAAAGUUA